AUGGAGGCUAUCCCUUUAGUCAAAAGUAAACUUGCCGAGGAUGAAAAUUGUAUUAUUUGUGUACGAGCUGGAUUAGUUGACAACUGGAAACAUUGUCCUCGUUAUGUAGUUCUUGUAGAUCGUCAAGAGGACUAUGCAAUUUUUGUCUUCAACUCAACACAAGUACCUUGUAGUCCAACAAGCAAACUUAAUGUGGAGCUGGCUUUGCCUAUUGAUAAACACUUUACCUACAAGCAAGAAUCUGAUACAGCUCUGAGCAUAACUGUUCCCGAUAAACGACUACUUUUUGAGAUCUCAGCUAGUCAAGCCCAGGCAAUCUGCAAGGAAUUAAAACGAGCAAAAGAUAUUUUAACACAUACAGUUGGAUUUGGUCUUCCUUCAUCAUUCAGUUGGCUUGACAAAUACAAUAAUAAGAAAGAACCAGAUGACAACCCUUUUGAGACAGAUGUUUUUGAUCCUCUCAAGUACAUGAAUCUACAAGAUAGUGAUAAAGCUCUGAAACCUACCAUUAUAAAGGACAGUCCGCAGGAUGCAGUUGUUGACAAUCCCUUUGCCAAUGAUAUCUUCGAUCCAUUGAAAACUGUACCUGUGCGACAAUCUGUUAAAAGUAAAGAAGGUUCCGAUUCUUCUGGAAUAGGAUCACCUGUGCAUCGAGCACGUACCGAUGCUAGACAUCGUAGCAAUUCUCCAUCAGCCCAAGGCAGAAAAGGUUCUCCGUCAAACAGAUCAAGAACAAGAUCUCCAGCCCAUCAUUUACGGACUGAUUCUCCUCCCAACAAACUCAAAGUCAACUCUGAGCUUGCUAGAAGUGUGGAUUCUCUAAAUGGACCAGGGGAUUUUGACUCUAAAAAAUGGGAUGACCUUGAAAUAAUUCAAAAACAACUUGGAUUUGUGAACACUGCAGAGGGAAUGGAUGUUGGCCUCAAACCACUCACUGCACGUGAAUGUUUUGUGCGGCAUUUCAUGACAGAAAGAGAAGCAGAAUAUACUUAUACAGAGACAGUCAAGGUAUUUUGUGGUACUUGGAAUGUCAAUGGCCAGUCUCCCAGUGUUUCCAUCCAUACAUGGUUGGCUGCAGACCCAGAACCACCAGAUAUUUAUGCAAUUGGAUUUCAGGAACUGGACUUAAGUAAAGAAGCAUUCUUUUUUAGUGAUUCCAUCAAAGAGGUAGAAUGGUUGAAUAUGGUGAAUAACUGCCUCCAUCCAGGUGCCAAAUACAAGAAAAUAAAAUUAAUCCGUUUAGUUGGAAUAAUGCUAAUUGUCUAUGUACGGCAGGAAUUGGCCUCUUUUGUCUACUGUGUGGACUCUGAUUUUGUGGCCACUGGCAUCAUGGGAUUUUUGGGCAAUAAGGGAGGUGUGGCUGUGAGGAUGACCAUCCAUAACACAUCACUGUGCUUUAUCAGCUCUCAUUUAGCAGCUCACCAAGAUGAAUUUGAACGACGAAACCAGGACUAUCGAGAUAUCAGUUCUCAUCUCCGUUUUCGACAGUUUGUUCCUAAUCUUACCAUGGAUGAUCAUGAAAUAAUUUUUUGGAUUGGUGAUUUAAAUUACCGAAUAUCAGAUAUUGAUAUUGUCGAUGUAAAAAAAUUAAUUGAGCACAAAAUGUACAACAAACUCAUACAGUUUGAUCAACUUUACAGACAACUUGGGCAUAGUGAUGUCUUUGAAAAUUUUCUUGAAGGGGAAGUGAACUUUAAACCAACUUACAAAUACAAUUCUGGCACUGAUGAUUGGGAUUCAAGUGAAAAAUCUCGAAUUCCUGCUUGGUGUGACAGAAUAUUAUGGAAAGGUAAUUGUGUGUGCCAAAAUUCUUACCAAUCUCACAAUGAACUGAAGAUAAGUGAUCACAAAGCUGUCAGUGCUGUUUUCAGUGUUGGGUUGAAAGUAAUAGACCAAGAGAAGUCAAAGAAGGUUUAUGAAGACAUUAUGAAACGAUUAGACAGAAUUGAGAAUGAAUAUCUGCCACAAGUGAAGAUAGAUACCACAGAUUUCACCUUUGAAGAUGUCAAAUUUUAUGAAUCCCAGAAACAAAAAUUAAUUGUAGCCAAUAUUGGGCAGGGCCCAGUUGAGUUUGAAUUUAUAAAGAAAGCCCAGGGAAGCAAUUUCUGCAAACCAUGGUUGAAGGUAUCUCCAUACAAAGCUGUUUUGAUGCCAGGUGACCUUCAAGAAAUAGAACUCGAGAUGCAGCGACCUAUCAGAGAAGUACCUGUAGCUCAACUUGUUGAUUUGGAACAGCCAGGUAGUUUAAAGCAAGUGGAUAUUGCAGCCACGGGCGGUCGACUCUAUGCAGUGCCAAAAGAAAUUUGGCGGUUAAUAGAUCAUCUUCACAAGUUUGGACGAACACAAGAGGGUCUUUUCCAAGAAAGUGGCCUCAUUGGAGAAAUUCAAAAAAUACGAGAUUGUCUGGAUACUGGCAUGCCAGAAACUAUUCCUGGCAGCAUCCAUUCUGUGGCUGGAGCCUUGAUUCUCUUCCUCAAGUGUUUACCAGAACCUGUAAUACCAUACAAUGUCCACCAAAAGUGCCUUGAGGUCUGCAAUAACUGUAAAGCCUGCAAACAGGUUCUCAGCACCAUUCCUGAACAUCACAGAACUGUUUUCAAGUAUAUCUGUGCAUUUUUACGAGAAUUGUUAGAAUAUUCAGAAAGUAAUCAGUUGGAUGUCAAAACUCUGGCUUCUAUAUUUGGUCGGCUUUUUCUGCGACACUCAUUUGACGAAGAAGCCACAAGCCCUGUUGGUGCAAAGAAAACGGAACAAAUGGAAAUAGAAAAGAAGCGAGUGGCAUUCAUUACACACUUCUUGCUCAAUGAAUAUGAUGACUGA